UGGGCGUGGUGUCGUAAAAGCUCAGACCCCGCCCACUAUGAGGCGGGCAUAGCGGGGCUGUCAUUCCAAGUCAAGCCCGCUACAGUCCGUUCGACUCCGACUGGUCGCACCGUUAACGACGAACUCGCCCCCACGUACGUACACAAGCGGAAUUGCACAAGGAUGUCUCGCGAACAGCAGGUGGUGGCGGCUGCCAGGCGGGCCUUUCAGACGGGCCGCUCCAGAUGUCUGGAGCAUCGCGUCCGGCAGCUGAAGAACCUUCAGCGUUUCCUGACUGAGCGCCGGGACGACAUCGCCCAGGCCAUCAAGAAGGACCUCAACAAGAGCCCGCUGGUGGUCCAGAUGUACGAGACGCUGGGCCUGGAGGAGGAGAUCGGCCUGGCCAUCCGCAAACUGAAGGAAUGGGCGGCGCCGCGGCCGGUGGAGAAGAACCUUAUGACCGUGUCGGACACGGUCUACGUGAAGGCUGAGCCUCUGGGCUUGGUCUUGAUCAUCGGCGCCUGGAACUACCCGUGGGCCGUCACCUUGCAGCCGCUCAUUGGCGCCAUCGCCGCCGGUAACGCGGCAAUCAUCAAGCCGUCGGAGGUUUGCGUGCACACGGCCAAGGUGAUGGACGAGCUGCUGCCCCUCUACCUGGACAAAGAGCUCUACCCGGUGGUAACAGGCGGCGUGCCCGAGACACAGGAGCUACUGCGUCAAAAGUUCGACCACAUCUUCUACACGGGGAACAGCGCCGUGGGAAAAGUCAUCAUGGCGGCGGCCGCUGCGCAUCUGACACCCGUCACGUUGGAGCUAGGCGGGAAAAGUCCGUGUUACAUCGACAGCAAGUGCGACGUCACCAUCGCUUGCAGACGUGUGGCGUGGGGCAAGUUCACCAACUGCGGCCAGACCUGCAUCGCGCCAGACUACAUCCUGUGUGAGCCGGCCAUUCAGCAGCGUGUCAUCCAAGAGCUCCACAAGGCCAUCAAGGAGUUCUACACGGACAAUCCCAAAACGUGCCCGGACUACGGCCGCAUCAUAAACCAGCGCCACUUCAAGAGGAUCAUGUCCAUGAUGGAGGAUAGUACCGUCGCUGUGGGCGGAGACACCGACGAGGAGGACUGCUUCAUAGCUCCCACAGUGCUACGGGACGUCAAGCCCGACGCCAAGGUCAUGCAGGAGGAGAUCUUUGGACCCCUGCUGCCCAUUCUCACGGUUGAUGGCCUGGAUGAAGCCAUCAGCUUCAUCAACAAAGGCGAGAAGCCUCUGGCCCUCUACAUCUUCUCCAGUGAUGACAAGGUCAUCAAGAAAAUGAGGGACGAGACCUCCAGCGGAGGACUUUUGGCCAACGACUGUCUGGUGCACUUCUCGGUCAACUCGCUACCUUUUGGGGGCGUUGGUAACAGCGGGAUGGGCUCCUACCACGGCAAGCACACCUUCGACCAGCUGAGUCACCUGCGAGGAUGCCUCAUCAAGGCACUUAAGAUGGAGGGCAUGAACAACAUGCGCUACCCACCUCACACAGCCAGCAAGCUGGGUUGGGCACGCUUCUUCGUGCUCAAGGGCUUCAACUUCGGCUUGAUUGGACGCCUCAUGCUGCUGUUUGCCGCCGCCGCCGUGCUGGCCGCCAUCGCCGUCCAGAAGUACGACCUGCCGCACAAGUUCUACCGUUGAAGAGUCCUCAGUGCCCGGAAGCGACCAAUCACUUUGCACGCACGUCAUAUAGUGCAAGCGAGGAUCUAGCUGCUAAUUCCGAACAUUUCAAUGUGGUGAUGUCAUUCUGAUUUGAACUUUUAUCAACAACCUGCUUUUAAAAAGGUUUUUAUGCUCAACGAAGCUUUUAAGUCCGUUUCAUUUCAUAAGUCUGACUGACUAAUCGUCGCUGUCUUCUUUUCUCGUUAAUCGUAGUCGCUGUAGUUUUGCAGCACAGGUUUGUAUUUUGAUAAUCCAUGAAAAAAUAUGUAGAACUACAUAGCAAUGUAAUUAAAAUUAACAUUGUAAUCAUAAAUACAUCCAUAUCUG